AGGGUGUGGGCGACACUGCCAGCCAUCAGCAGUGCAGCAGCACCGCCGUCAGUGUUCAGCUGCCCUCCCAGCCUCUCACAUCUGGAUACUCAGGACCCAGGAUCCUGCCACAAUGACUUGGUGGAAGGACUAUUUCUGGAUCAUCUUAGCUGUGGCCAUCAUCGCUGUCUCUUUGAUUCUGGGCCUUAUCCUGUUUUUUGUCUGUAGGUGGCAGCUUCGGCAAGGCAAGAAAUGGGAUAUUGCCAAGCCUUUGAGCCAGAACCAAGGAGAUGAAGAAAAGAUGUAUGAAAAUGUUUUAAACCAGUCACCAGGCCUGAGGCCUCCUCUGCCCCCAAGGGGUUCACUGUCUCCAGGAGACUCCACCCCACAGGACUCCUCAAGUCAGUCACCAGCUAAAUACACAUCAGUGAAGAAAUUUAGAAACAAGAAGAUCUUUUCUUUCCCUGGUGACACUGAGCCUCAAGAUGACUAUGAUGAUGUUGAGAUUCCUCCAAAUACUGGGAACCAUGAUUUAACAACAAUCACUACUUCAUGGCAAGAUGAAGAGUGUUCUCACAACGCAUUCUAAAAACAACCAAGAAGUGAGAUGCCGGUGGCUCACACCUGUAAUCCCAGCCACUCAGGAGGCUGAGAUCUGAAGAUCACAGUUCAA